CAGCAUCUCUUCUCAUUAUCCUGUUGCAAGAUACUCUGCAGUACAAAUAAAGACUGCAAGAGGAACUGAAGGACAAGAGUGAAUAUAUGAAGGAAGGCGUUGAGGAAUCUGCUGAAGAUGAGGCGACUGAACCGGAAGAAGACUUUGAAUUUAAUGAAGGAGUUGGAUGCCUUUCCAAAAGUCCCUGAAAGCUACAUAGAGACAACGGCAACUGGAGGAACAGUUUCUUUAAUAGCAUUUACAACAAUGGCUCUCUUAACCAUAAUGGAGUUUAUGGUCUAUCGAGACACCUGGAUGAAAUAUGAAUAUGAAGUAGAUAAAGAUUUUACAAGCAAAUUAAGAAUAAAUAUAGACAUUACUGUCGCAAUGAAGUGUCAGUAUAUCGGGGCCGAUGUUCUAGACCUGGCAGAAACAAUGGUAUCCUCUGCGGAUGGAUUAGUUUACGAGCCAGUAAUAUUUGAACUCAGUCCUUUGCAAAGAGAGUGGCAAAGGAUGUUGCAGAUAAUUCAGAGCAGGCUGCAGGAAGAACACUCCCUCCAAGACAUAAUAUUUAAAAGUGCUCUAAAAAGUGCCUCGACGGCACUACCACCAAGGGAGGACAAGUCACUGCAACCUCCGGAUGCGUGCAGAAUUCAUGGGCAGCUGUACGUUAAUAAAGUAGCAGGGAACUUUCACAUAACUGUGGGCAAGGCAAUUCCCCACCCAAGAGGCCACGCACACUUGGCAGCCCUCGUGAGCCAUGAAUCAUACAACUUCUCCCACAGGAUAGAUCACUUGUCUUUUGGGGAGCUCAUCACGGGGGUUAUCAAUCCUUUAGAUGGCACUGAAAAGAUUGCAUCGGAUCACAACCAGAUGUUCCAGUACUUUAUCACUGUUGUGCCAACGAAGCUUCAUACGUAUAAAAUCGCAGCAGAAACACAUCAGUUUUCAGUAACAGAAAGGGAAAGAGUGAUAAACCACGCAGCAGGCAGUCAUGGAGUGUCCGGGAUUUUCAUGAAAUACGACAUCAGUUCCCUUAUGGUGACAGUGACAGAAGAACACAUGCCCUUUUGGCAGUUUUUAGUGAGGCUUUGUGGCAUCAUUGGAGGAAUAUUUUCGACGACAGGAAUUUUACACGGCAUUGGGGGAUUCAUAGUGGAAAUCAUCUGCUGUCGUUUCAGACUGGGCUCUCAUAAAUCUACAUCUGUUCCAAUCCAAGAUGGCCACCUAAACAACCACGUGCCUCUGGUGACAGAUGACGCUAUGCAGUAGCAACUCCUUCAGAAACUCUCUCCUUCUUUCUUUCUGCCUGAUGCAGAAGACAUUUUUAUAACUAAACAUUGUGCAAUAUGUUAAGACAGUGCUGAUGGGCAGCAGAAAUAAUCAAGCCUUUGGAAAGAGAAAGGGGGAAAAAAGCAACCGACCAACCCUAUCUGUGUGACUUGUCUGUCCUUUUAAGAAUUCAGAAAGAGGCCAUGGAAUCUUCUGGAAUGAGCAAAGACUGUGGAUGUGUCUGUAGUUCACAGCAGGACUCGGCUGUUCCACAUAAACAGGAUUUGGGCCUUGAAAUAUCAACGUACAGCACUCUAGAUUCCAGGUUUUGCCUAUUUCUGACCAAAACUAUGCGCAGACGAGUGAAGUGUGUAUUUUUCAAUAUACAGUGUAGCAGGAUAAUUAACAGAACUUGCUUAAGAAUUGAAGUUUCAUUAUGGGUUGUGUUUUUUUUUAAGAAAACAACAACAGCAGGUAACAUAAGAUGUAUUUUAAGUGCUAUAAUUGGAAUAUGGAAAUCAAACACAUGAAAGGAAGCAAAUUGAAACACA